UUAUUCCCGAGGGAUUUAGAUCAGGAAGGCAUUCGGAGCCAGAACCUUACGAUGACGUAGUGGCUGUCUCGACGAGAGAGUAUGAGAGAGAGAGAGAGAGAGAGAGAGAGAGAGAGGAGAGAGAGAGAGAGAGAAACGAUUUUGAGCGGUGGGAGAAGAAGAGAAGUGAAAGAGGGAGAGAGAAAGAGAGAGAAAAAGAAGUCUUGUAAAAGAUAUGAUGUUAACUGUCUAGAUACUGUUAUUUGCAAUAUAAAGUAGCUGAAGAUCAUUCUCGCUGCGCUACUUCGCGAAAACGGUCAGGACCCGGGCAGGUGCGAACGCGGAUAGACACUCGGUUGGCAACAGUUUCUGGAUUGUUCGAUGGCAGAAACACCCGAGAUGGAAUCGCCUUUGGCCCGUCAGGACUGUUUUGUUGAGGCCCAAGAGGAUUCCACCUCAGUGGAAGUCGAGGCAGAAGGUACACCGUCGCCAGGAAUGAUAUCGACAACGAUAACGACGACAACAACGGACGCCGGCGACAACGACUACGCGACGUAUCCGUCCGUCGUGCGGGACUCGUGCGAAGACUUGGUGGUCGAGAGAUUGGACGAAGAAUCUGAAGCGAGACAGUCGAGUGAUAAGCCGGAAGCGAGUCAGGGUGAAGAAGAAAAAGAAGAAAAAGAAUUGAAUAUGGGUUUAACAAUAGGCAAGAAAGUUAACGAGAAAAACGAAAAGGACGAAAUUGAUGCGAAAUCGACGGAAGACACUCUUCAGGAACUUGAAGGAUCACCAAGAAUGCCUGAUUCUCAAAAUCGCGAUAUCGAUGAAUCCUCGGAGUUGUGGGAAAAUGGGAUCGAAGAGUCCAUGUCGUCGGACGUUUCCAGGAAGAGACCAGCCGCGAGUGAUUUCAUGCCGAUUGGCGCGGAGAUCAAGAGAAUCGGCAUCGAGAUCUCGGAGGAGCAGGCAACUCAGCUGAGGAAUGAUGUCAGGAGACUAUCGCCGGUAUUGGUGAGCUUGCGAGAACGGACUUUGGGUGAAGUAUCCCUAACCUCGGAGUCCUGUCUCUUCGGGGACGAGCUAGACGGUAGGAUAACGCCAAGAUCCCCUGCGAGAUCGUUUAUGGUGAACAAUUCCAGAAAUCAGGAUGUCGAUCAGAAUCGCGGGAAACAGGAUGUGAAUGAGGAAAACAAAGUGGAGAAAGAAACGAUCGGUAGAAUCAGUUCGGAUCCUUUAGAAUGCACGAGCAGCGGUGACGUCGAGGUAACGAUAAAUGGUGCGAACAGAAAAAUAAAUUAUGAAAGCGAAGGCGAAAUUACGACGUUCGGCGUUGACGUGGAUUCUUCGAUAUUCUCGAAAAGCGAUAAUUUGGAUGGGACGACAGAAUCCUGUCAAGACGAAGAUGCGAAUAUGUCCACGAACGCUAGAAGCGAGUCUUGUACCACGAUUAAAAAACAUGUCAAAGCAACGAUGAGUUCUGAAGUACCAUCAAGUCCAUUGUGUCGAAAUUUAAGUAUCGUAUUGAAUCGCAUUGAAAAUGAAGAUUCAAAAAAGAGAGAAGAAAGUGCCGCAAUAGAUACAAACGUCGAUGAGAACAUAUGGAAUUACGUUGUCGAGGAGAACUCGCCUUAUUCCGAUGGAAAAAAGAAUUUCAUCGAGGAGGAGCACGAUUCGUUCAAAUCGACUUCGGGGACUCCGGAUAAGAACUCGAAGAAGCAACGGUGGCAGAGUCCCACCAAUAAUUCCAGUCCAAUAACCAGAUCGAAAAAGUAUGAGUUGAUAGAGAGUGCUCGUAGUCCAGACAGUGAAUUGACCCUGAAGAAGUGUAAAGUAGUACUGGAGCGAAUCAACAAGGCCACGGGCCAUUCAUCACAAUCGGAAAAUACAGAGGAGAGUGAGAGCGGAGCUUCAAGGGAACUCGAGAAGAAUGACGAAUCCGCGCCUGUCGCAGUGAUUGGUAAACUCGAGGAAAACGAAGAGGUGGUGCUGGCGAGCUCGUCGCCCACGGCCGAGGACAGUCGCGUGUCCAACGAGCUGGACUCGUCGGAGACGAUGCCGAGUUCGCCGGAAGAGACACCGGAAGUAUCGGUAGAUGUUGCCGAGGGCGUCGACACUGAGACGGAAACGGAAACUGGUUCCGACAGUUCGGAGGUGUCGCCUAUCACCAGCAUCCGUCACGAAUUGCGUGACGCCGACAUGGCGCCCGAUCAACUACCCUGCUCUGAAGGGGUCACCUUGUGCUGUGUGGAGGCGAUAGCGCCGAUCAUGACGAGAUUGGAGGCCGACCGACCAGAAGCGUACACGGAGGAUUCUGCCGAGAGCCUGGCCUUGGCAACUGGUGCCAGGGACGAGGUUAGAUCCGAUGGGAGCGAUUCUGGUCUGGGAAACGAAAUCCCUGGUGACCCAGGACCGGCUCCUGCGCCGGAAAGUGAUUCAGAAACCUCUUUUCUCGACAGGCUGCCGGAUGACAUUCUCUCUGAUAAAGAAAAAGGGGUGAAUCAGUUGGAUGGCUAUGCGGCGUCCUCGGGGACACCCGGAACACCAGGACAGUUACCUCUGACGAACUUCCGGACGCUUCCGGCCAAGAGUAACCUGAAGCGUAGGCUGACCGAUUGCAUGGAAGGCGACGAGUCGCGGGGUAACGUUGACGAGCCUUUAAAGAAGAAACGCAACAUCCAGUUUGACGCAGUGACGGUCUAUUACUUCCCCAGAGCACAGGGUUUCACCUGUGUACCUUCCCAGGGCGGCAGCACCCUGGGCAUGAGCGCGACGCACACGCACGCAGAGAGGUUCUCGUUAUCGGAGCACGCAGCCGAGCAGAGGCGGAUCCACCGAGCGCGCCUUGCGCAACUGCGCUCGGAACGCAACUGCGCGACCAACUGCGUGACAGAGACAGCGUCCAGCUCAGAGGAUCCGAGCGACGACACCGACGAGGAACCGAGCGACAACGAGGAGCUCGACAUCGACAGUUAUUACUUCCUACAGCCGGUGCCCACGUGGCAACGUCGAGCGCUUCUUAGAGCCGCCGGCGUACGAAGGAUAGAUGCUGUUGAAAAGGAUGAAUGUCGUGAUAUCCGCGCCAGCAGAGAGCAUUGUGGAUGUGGCUGCAAGGGAUACUGUGAUCCUGAAAGUUGUCCUUGUAGCAGGGCCAACGUAAAGUGUCAGGUGGAUCGACCAGGUUUUCCUUGCGGCUGCACGCGGGACGGUUGCGCGAAUAGUACAGGCAGGAUUGAGUUCAAUCCAGUACGGGUGCGGACGCAUUUCAUCCACACGUUGAUGCGAUUAGAACUGGAGAAAAAGCAGCGUGACGAAGACGGUGGUGGAGAUCAUGAUCAGGUGAUGGACAAUCAGGGACAGAAUGGCAGGGGGGCUCGUCCUCUGAGGAAUAUCGGUUCCCUAGGAAUGGAAGCUACCGUGGGUGAUGUGUGCGCAAUUCCGGGUACGGGACCCGGGGGUGGUGGAUUCACGACCUUACACUAUGAGACAAGUCACGAAGGUGUCGGGGCUGGUGUGGCUGGCUGCCAACCAGAGGUGCCUGGCACGCGGGAGGACAGUUUGGAUUUGUAUGCCAUUAGAGAUGAUUGUUAUGCAAGCGAGGAUGCGGUAGACAGCAGCCAAUCGGUCGUUGUGCAGCGGAAGCUACAUCCAGAAUUCGGCCAGGCCUUUCAGAGCUUUUCGCCCGGCGUGCAAAAUAGUGCCACCGGCGGCGGCGGUGGGGGUGGUGGUGGCGGUGGUAGCGGUAGUGGCAUGAGUUUCCAGCAGUCUUCGUACCAAGACUAUGGAUCGCCUUAUGCGAGUCUGCCGUCUACGUCGCGAUUCCAGCCACCGCCACCGCAGUUCCAAUCGCCGCCCAAUCCGGCUGCCUUCGCGCACUACGGACCCUACGGUGGGCCCCAAGACGCCGCGAGCACCGCUCUUCAGGGCGGUUGUACCGGCCAAGUACAUCAAAUGCCACAGCCACCGCCUCCCCAGGGUCAACAGCAACAACAGCAGCAGCAUUCGUCCUAUGAUGCGACGGUGUUCGCGCAGGACGACGCUACGGGUACCGCACAGUACACGAAUCUCACCAAUUCGGUGCAGCCGAUGAAUGCAACAGUGGUGCAGCAGAUGCAGGGCAAGCUCGAGCCUUUCUCGGAGCUACUCAGCGGUAGAUACUCAUACUAUGGUGAAAUGCAUGAACCGCAGCAACAUCACGGUACUUACGGUACUCAUGGCACGGCCGGCAAAGUUGCGGAAAUGAUUGAGCCCAGUCAGGUCAGCAGUGAGCAACAGCCCGAUGGCGCGUCCGAGGACUGCGAUGAGAAUUUUGGUGAGAUCAUCAAGAAGUCUAUGGUGGAGACUGUAUCUGCCUAGGAUGAAGCCUUUUCCUGUUCACAUGACGAGAAGAAGGAACUCGGCCCUUAAUGCUCGAUAGUCCGCUUUUUCGAAUCCUUCAUUCAGGACCGUUUAAAUACAGGGAAACUUGACACAU